AUCCAGCAGUCUUCAUUCGUCGGCCAAACGGCUAUCAAGCCAUCCAACGACCUCCUUUGCAAGGUCGGUGUCUCCGGCGGCGGCCGCGUCACCAUGUGCCGCAAUGCAGGAUCUCAAAUCUUCUCAGAAGGAGGUCUUGAUUACCUUGGAAAUUCUAACUUGAUCCACGCGCAAAGCAUCUUAGCCAUCUGGGCUUGUCAAGUUGUGCUCAUGGGUUUCAUCGAAGGUUAUAGAAUCGGAGGUGGACCACUCGGUGAAGGGCUCGACCCACUUUACCCUGGAGGUGCGUUUGACCCAUUGAAUUUGGCAGAGGACCCAAAGGCCUUCUCUGAGCUGAAGGUGAAGGAGAUCAAGAAUGGUCGUCUUGCUAUGUUCUCAAUGUUUGGAUUCAUUGUUCAAGCCAUUGUUACUGGUAAAGGUCCCAUCGAGAACUUGUUUGAUCACUUGGCAGAUCAUGUGGCUAACAACGCCUGGUCUUACGCUACUCACUUUGUCCCCGGAAAG